GCGGAGUCUGGCAGCCCUGGGAAGCGAGGGGCUCCCCUUGCACCGGCAUGGCAGCGCUGGGCACAGCAGGAGCGCUUCUAGCCACUGCAGGCUGUCUGCUCACAGCUACACGCGCCUGGCCAGGCCGCUGUGCAGGCUGCCUCCUCGGGACCCUCUGCACUGCUCAAGUCCCCGGCUUCCUGGAGGAAGAGUUACCCGGAGCUUUGCUUGCUCCAACAGCAAGUUUGCACAGCCAGAGGGAACCCCGGCAGAACCCCGCUCCUGCGCUCAGCAUGCUGCAGGAGCCGAUCUGCGACACAGCCUGUGACCAGACCCCGAGCACGGAGCAGGAGCCGCAGGAGCCGUUGCCGCCUGUUCAGGGGAAAAUUUUUCUGCCCUCCCACUUGCUCUGCUGAAAUUCACCAACCAUAGCAUUUACGGCUGCCUCCACUCCAGCACCGCUCCAACCAGCCAUAUUGGGCUGUGGAAAUAAAGCAGCUCUAAUGUUAUAUGUCACCUGCAAAUAACCCGGGCGUUCGAAAAAAGCAAACCACCACCACCAAAAUCCACACCUACACCAGGUUCUCUCCAUACACAAAAAAGUCCUUCAAAAUGAGCCUGGAAGCUUGGCUCCCGCCGCCCACCUUGCUCCUCACUGGCCUCAGCUUGCUCCUCUCGCUGGCGCCCACGGGGUUGGGCAUGGAGGUCAUGGCUCCCCCCACCAUCAACGCGCUGAAUGGCUCCUCUGUGAAGCUCUCCUGCACCUUCAACUCCUGCUACAAGGUGGAGAACAAGCAGUUCUCUCUCAACUGGACGUACCAGGAGUGCUGGAACUGCUCUGAGGAGCUGUUCUUGCAGUUCCGGACGAAGAUCAUGAACAAGCAGCUGGACCGCUUUGGGAACCGGGUGGAGUUCACCGGGAACCCCACCAAGUACGAUGUGUCCUUCACCCUCAAAAACGUGCAGCUGGAGGACGAGGGCACCUACAAUUGCUAUGUCCUCAACCCCCCGGACCGACAGCGGGGCCACGCCAGCAUCAACCUGAAGGUGCUCACCCAAGAGCCCCCGAAGCACGACUCGACAGUGGCGCUCAUCGUGGGCACCUCCGUGGGCGGCUUCUUGGCUUUGGUGAUCCUGGUGCUGGUGGCGGUGAAAUGUGUGCGCCGGAAAAAGCAGCAGAGACUUAACACAGACGACCAGAAGACGGAGGAGGAAGGGAAGACAGAUGGUGAAGGAAACCCGGACGAGGGCACCAAGUAACGCCCCCCUGCCCGCCCCUCCCUCCUCACCCCCUGUACAGUGUGACCCCCUUGAUGUGCUUCCCAGAGCAAGGAUUUCUGUCUCCCCAGAGCAUCCCUCCUUCCAUCUAAAUACCCCCAGCCCAGAGCAGGGUGCAGACAGAAGGUCCCCAGAGCCCGGCUGCAGCGGGCAGGGCUGGGGAGGGUGGCUGAAGGGCGGUGAGGCUGAGCUGGGACAGCUUGUCCCCUGCUCCCCUGGGACACACUGUGUGCCAUAGCACUGUGUGGGGCCAUGGAGAGGUGUUGGGGACAGGGUGGCAUGAGAGAGAGGGGGGACAAGCAUGGUCCCCACGCAGGGAGGUGCUGGAGCUGGGGGUGCAGGAGGGGCAGAGGAGGGCUGGGCAGCCCCAUGCCCAACCUCUGCGCCCUGUCCUGCUAGAAAAAGAGAGCAGGGGCCAGUGGCCGCCUGCCCCCGGGGCCAGGUGUCACCUGGAGGUGCUCCUGCUGUGCCUGGGGCACGGGUGCUGGCGUACGCGUCCCCAGGGGAUCCCCGAUUGCUGCCACCUCCUCCUUGCAAGUCCUGUGUGCCAAUGCCGAGGGUGCUGCGACAAGAGGUUUGUGCUCCUCAGGGACUGUCCCAGCCUGCUCAGAAGUGAUGGCUGGAUAUUGGCCAUUAGCCCGUGUGCUGUCUCUGAGCUUUGCUGGUUUUUGGAGCCUCUGAUGGCUUGUGGUGUGUAAUGGAUGUAUCUUUCUGCCUCUUGGGCUAUUUUUGGGCCUGAGCAUCUCAGCCGAAGGUGCUGGGCUGACUUUUUUGUGCUUGUUUCUUUCGUGGGGGUGGGUAAUUCUAAUGGAAAAUGUUCUGCUGAUGUGCCAAACCGAGGUGGUGGGGAGCAGCAGGGGGCAGCUACUGGGGAGGAAAAGGAGUUUUUGGGCAUUUGCGGGGAAGGACUGGGCACAACCACAGGCUCUGAGGCAGGACAGCUCCGUAACUGCUGAACAGCCCUGUGAUGCUGAAACUGCCUCCUCCAGCCUCCCUGCAGAGCCCUGCACAACCUGUAACUGCCACGGCACAGCACUGCCAGCCAGCCCGGUGCCGGCUGCCACCUCCUCAGCCCGCUCCAUGCUCCAGAGAAUCAGAGAAUAGCUUGGGCUGGAAGGGACUGCCCAAGCUCAUCCAGUGCCCCCCUGCCAUGAGCAGGGACAUCGUCACCAGCUCAGGUUGCCCAGACCCCGUCCAGCCUGGCCUGGGAUGUCACCAGGGAUGGUUCAUCCACCACCUCUCUGGCCAACCUGGGCCAUAGAUAGAUGAUAGAUGGUGUCCAGCGUCUGCCGCGUCCCAGCGUGGGCAGCACCCCGGCAGUGCCGCGGGUGGUGCCAUCAGGCCCUGGGGAUGAAGGGACAGCCGUGCGCUCCCUGCUCUCCCCCAUCGCUUUCUGCCCCGUCCCCACAUGCCGUCCCCACACCGCUCGCCCUCGCUGGGCCCUGCACCGCUGCCCUUCCCCCCCGCAGCAGGAAUGCGCCGUGUCUCGCCGCGUGGCUUCCCCGCUCCCAGGGGCUUUGCUGCCUGGGGAGGGCUGGGCUGAGCCUGCCUGUCCGCACACCCCCUCUCCGGAUGGCUUUCCCAGCACAGUGCCGGUGGGUGCCAGCCACGGGGCUGGUUCCCCGAGCCGCUCCUGCUCAAAGCUGGGCUGCGAGCGGCUCCAUGCGCGACUGUGCUGGCAACUUCUGUGGCCAAAGGCCUGUGACUGUUGCACAUGAGCAGUCUUGCAUCUGCCUUUCAUUUCUUUCAUGCACUAUCCUUGGAUUGCAACUUGCCAAUGCAUCUGUAUGUACAUAGCUGUACACAGCAGAGAGAGUCUCUACAAAAAUAUAUAUAUAUAUACACACAG